AUGGUGGGUGCUGCACAUGAAUCGACUAUUGACCGAGAUGGCGAUAGGAUCUCUCCGAUGAGAGACGUGGGCCUCGUGAACAAGCAUAUCGGUACAUCGCUUGACGAAAAUUUGCUUCGGCAUUUCUUCUCUACGGUAGUCUCCCAUUUGACCUGGCUUGAUGACGGUGCAUGUAAUCCAUGGAGAACCCUCAUCCAGCCGUUGGUCCAAAAAUCGGGCUGUCUCCGACAGUCCAUAUCUGGUCUUGCGGCCGCUCAUCUGUCCGCUACGUCGCUAGAUAAUGCCCAGUCGUCAUUUUUCCGGCAGAUCAAUCAUCACAUUCGAAAUGACACUUUGAAGACCUUGAGUUACAGAAUGCGCUUGGAACUUUGCGCAAAUACUAUAACCUUGAGGAAGAACUCUUCAAACCUUUCACUCUUGGAGAUGCUUGCUUGUACUCUGGUCCUUUGCUAUUCCGAAUUGCACAUUCCUAGCUCAACGGACUGGGGAUUGCACCUUCGGGCUUGUCGCGCUAUGGUUGAGAGAUGCUACCUCAGAUCUCGGAGAGAACUGCCACAGGAUGCUUUAUCUAGAUUUUUGAUCAAAGAAGUUGCUGAUCUGGAGACAUUUGGAAAUCUUGCUGGUUUCAAAAAUCCAGAGAGCACAGGCAUGGGGCUGGACUGGGGAUCAUUCCUGAAUGCCAAUUUCUGGACUUUUACAGCACUUAUCAACGAGAUCACUUCUACCGAAAGGCUGCACUCGGAACAUUUGGAUGGCGGUCAUAAUCUCAUCGAACCGGAUAUGAAGGGGUGGCAUGAUAAACUCGAAGAGGCAUAUAAACGAGCUACCGGAAUGGUUACUUCAUUGCCAGAAUGCGACGUCAUCCAAAGCAUGUUCCGGACCGUAAUCGACGCUCAUUAUUACGCUACUCUGGUAUACAGCUACCAAUGUCUCGCGCCUCAUGCAAAACAUACGAAAGCACUGGAGGAAUAUUGUGAUAUUAUCUGGCAUAUUGUUCAGUCUGUCACCCAAAGCUCAUAUACUGCAUUCAUACAUGACGUUUUCUUUCCUUUGUUCAUUGUUGGCACUCAAUGCGCAACUGAUAGGGAAAGACAGUCUCACGUCGAAUUGGCAUUCUUGCAGUCUAUGUCUGCCACAGGCUUUUGGUGUAACCAGACUGCAUUGCAGAUGCUGCGCCUCUUCUGGAAACACUCGAACCAAAGCGGGAACGAAACCUGGAUCCAAUUUGCUCGAAGAAAUGAAGCCGCGAUCGGUCCAUUUGUUAUCUUUUGA